AUGUCAGCUGUCAAUGACACCAACUUCAACUCUGCAAUGUUGCUUGUCACUUGGUUACCUGGGCUGGAAGACGUCCAUCUCUGGUUCCCUAUCGUCUUCUGCUUUGUGUAUGUUUUUUCCAUAGUAGGAAAUUCAGUCAUUCUGUUCAUUAUAAAAACAGAUCCAAGCCUCCAUGAGCCCAUGUACAUUUUUCUUUCCAUGUUGGCCGUCACAGACCUUGGCUUAUCGAUAUCCACCAUGCCAACGACACUGGGCUUAUACUUGCUUACCUCUAGAGAGAUCAGCCUCAAUGCCUGUUUUGCCCAGCUGUUCUUCAUCCACUUGAUUAAAUGCAUUGAAUCCUCCAUGCUCUUGUUGAUGGCCUUUGACCGCUUCAUAGCGAUCCAUAACCUGCUGAGAUAUGCUUCCAUCCUAACUCUGCCGAGAAUAAGCAAGAUGGGACUGGUGUGUGUGCUAAGAGGGGUGGCUGUAACACUCCCGCUCCCUUUUCUCCUUCAACGGUUCCGAUAUUGUCGAUCCAAUGUCCUCUCCCAUUGCUACUGCAUAAACCAGGAGGCCAUGAAGAUGGCUUGUUCAGAUAUCAGAGUGAACAGCCUCUAUGGCUUGUCUGUUCCACUCUUGACGAUGGGGUUGGACUCGCUGCUCAUCUUCCUCUCUUAUGUGAUGAUCCUCAAAACAGUGCUGAGCAUCACCUCCCAUGUGGAGUGUCUUAGGGCCAUGAACACCUGCUUCUCCCACCUGUGUGCUGUCCUGCUCUUCUACAUACCAAUGAUCGGCCUCUCUGUGAUGAGCAGAUUCGGAGUUUGCUCUUUUCCUUUGUUUCAAACUGUCCUGGGUUAUAUCUACCUGCUCGUGCCACCUCUGAUGAACCCAAUUGUGUACAGUGUGAAAAGCAAACACCUUCGUGAGACGAUAAUCAGGGCAUUCAUCAAGUGA